AUGUCCGGAAAAGCAGAACGAAGAGAAUUGCCGAGGAAUUCUUUCCCGUUGACUGAGAUGAUGAUUAUGUUGGGGUCGGGGAUAGGCGACCGGUGGAUUGAAGAUGAAGUCAAAGUUGAGCCACGGGUUGGGGGCUCCCAGCCAACAGAGUGUGCCCUCCUCAACCGCCCAACAAAGAAUCCUGCAGCUGCCGAGUUCGGUGGUGUUCGGAGAGUCCACGGGUAA